AUGGCCAACCAAGCACCCAACAAAGUUCAAGAACGCCUUACACAGGUCGAAGGCCAUCUCCUAGGCGGAAGCGGGAGUCCUGGAGCCGAGAGCUCCAAGGGAAGGAAGGGUUUGUUGGAGAAGAAGCCUGAUGAUAUUGUCGUAACCUGUGCGCUCCGUACAGCCUUCACCAAGGGCAAGAAGGGCGGCUUCAAAGACACCCAAGCAUCCGACCUCCUCCACGGCGCCUACAAAGCUCUUAUCCAGCGCUCUGGCAUCGACCCCAACCUCGUCGAAGACAUCGCCGUCGGCGCCGUCCUCGCCCCAGGAGGUGGCGCAACCGAAUUCCGCGCCGCAGCCCUCGCCGCUGGCUUCCCUACCACAACCGCAACAAAGAGCUUGAACAGGCAAUGCUCCUCCGGCCUACAAGCAUGUGUCGACAUUGCCAAUGCCAUCAAGUCAGGCAUGAUCGAGAUCGGUAUCGGCGCCGGUGCCGAGAGCAUGAGCACACAGUAUGGACCUGGCGCCGUAUCUGAGUUCUCCGAGCUCCUCGAAUCCCACAAGGAAUCCGCAAACUGCAAGGUACCCAUGGGUGUACUUUCAGAGCAAAUGGCCAAGGCCAAGAACAUUCCUCGUAGCGAGCAAGACGCCUUCGCGGCAUCGUCGUUCCAGAAAGCGGCCGAGGCACAGAAGCAAGGCUUGUUCGAUGAGGAGAUUGCGCCUCUGACAGUUCAGUGGACGGACCCCAAGACCAAGAAGGAAGAGACAAUCACCGUCUCCAAAGACGAUGGCGUUAGGGAAGGCAUGACCGCAGAGUCGCUGGGUAAAAUCCGUGCUGCUUUCGCAAAAGACGGUACCAUCCACGCGGGCAACGCAUCCCAAGUCUCCGACGGCGCCGCCGCCGUCCUCCUCAUGAAGCGCAGCACAGCUCAACGCCUCGGCCAAACCAUCCUCGGCAAGUUCGUCCAGGCGUCCAUUGUCGGUGUGCCGCCCCUCCUGAUGGGUGUAGGUCCCGCUGCCGCUAUCCCCGUUGUCCUCGAGAAGACUGGCCUGAACAAGCAGGAUGUGGAUAUCUAUGAGAUCAACGAGGCGUUUGCUAGCCAGUGUCUCUACUGCAUCAACGAGCUUGGCCUGGAUAUCAAGAAGGUAAACCCAAAGGGUGGUGCUAUUGCUUUUGGACAUCCGUUGGGUGUUACUGGUGCUAGGCAGGUUAGCACGCUUCUUACGGAGCUGAGGAGGACAAAGCAGAGUAUUGGUGUUACUAGCAUGUGUAUUGGUACUGGUAUGGGUAUGGCUGCUGUUUGGGUUGCCGAGUAA